AUGGGCCAGACUGAAGUAUCAACCAUACAUGACGAAUUGUGGGGUGUACCGGCGAACUUUCAGCCUAAUUGCUUCUCAGUUCGUGAUAUAUUCAGCAGUCAAAAGUACCUUGCGCCUCCGAUUUUGAAUCUGGGGAGACCGCUCACCACCACAUUCAGCCAGUUUGACUCCGCUUCUCCCCCUUCACUUGCUUCCGCACUUCAUAGCUCUGCUGAGGAAAUGGGAAGCAGUAAGCGACAUGGAAAGAGCGGCAUCUUGGCGCACCUGUCCACUUGGUUUCGGGGUCGGUCUGGCUCCCAGGAAAAAGAGACAGCGUCUGAAAUACAGGAAUCUGCGGUCAAGCCGUGUGAGACGAAAGUGGAAGUAGGAGUAGACUCUUCACGCAAAUGGGAUUAUAAGCUGCAAGGUGCAGACUGGGCCCCAGUACUAGCUUGCGAUAUCUCAAACAAGCGGCAGAGCCCAAUCGAGAUUGAUAGGGUAGCACUUGAGACGCUCCUGGAUCGCCACAGCAAAGGGGAACUAACAGCAGAAGUGAUCACAGUACCCGGAAAUCGAGCGAAAAUUGCAACAGCGGACCGGUUUCUGGUCAACAAGCUGGGAGAAUCUUCCCCUAUUACCGGUAAACAAGUGGUCUUUGACUGCGGUUACAAAUUGCAGCUCAAACCAUCGGAGGGUGGUGCCUUUGGACAGCUAGAGAAAGGAGAAGGAGAUGAGAAGGAGAUAUAUGAGCCUAUUCAAUUCCAUUUUCAUGCACCAGCAGAGCACACAAUAGGCACACGAAGCUGCCUUGAGUUACAUAUUGUUUGUAGAUGUUUAAAAGAGGGAAAGCAAGACCAGCUACUUGUUCUCGGCCUUAUGUUUGAUGCGAAAGGGGAGGAGGGUAAAAGCAUGUUUCUGGACGAAUGUGAAUCCGCUCUCAUUGCUUCGCUGUCUCCUGAGGCGAGAGCCCAACUGCCUGAAAGGGUCAACAUAGCGUUGAGAGAGGCUAAAAGUGAGAUGAAGGACCUUCUCGGGCACCUCAAUCUGAAAUCUCUUUUACCAGAUGGGUGUAUCCUUAUCAAUUAUGACGGCUCUCUAACUACUCCUCCAUGCACGGAAAACGUCGCAUGGUACGUUGCUCUAGAUCCACUUCCAGUUAGCCCAAAACAGGCAAAGCGUUUUGGGAGUUAUCUCCAGAGUGGAGAAGGCAAUGAGGCACGUGGCAAUUACAGGCUGCGACAGAAUGUUGAGGUGAAGGCGAAUGAACAGACGUUGCACAUUUUGGUCCCUUGCUGUCCUUCCAAGCCAAAUGUAGCCGAGCAAGUUCGAAGAGAUACGGCAGCGGAUGAGUCGGAGGGUGCCCAAUAA